GGACUGUCUCACACCCAAUCACUCCCUUCCAUCAUCAUUCUUCAGCAAGUCCACACUGAAUUUAGGAAUUUCCAACCACCCAAUACGACCUUAAUUCCCAUCCUCCAUUCAACAAAUUAUCCUCACGGAUUUCGUCAUUCAAACAACUUGGAAGCAGUAAUUCAGGUUCAGUGAUCGUAGUAGAAGAGAWAUGAACGACGUGGAAGCAGCAAAGAAGCAGGGAUUACCGCCGGUGGUGUUGUCGGCUACAACUGCCGCUGCUAACGGUACAAAUGGCGGUGGUGGUUUGUUCAGUAAAGGUCGGUAUAAGUUAUGGGCAAUUGCUGCAAUUUUGCUACUAGCUCUUUGGUCUAUGUUCACUGGCUCCGUCACUCUCAAAUGGUCCGGCGCCGGCAACGUUAAUAAUCCUCUCUCUGAUUCAUUCGACUCCCCGGUCCGCGACCUCGACAUCUUGGAAGUUGAGGAGCGGGAGAAACUGGUGAGGAGGUUUUGGAAUGUCUACACACACAGCAAGACGACACGGUUGCCGAGAUUCUGGCAGGAAGCAUUCGAGGCGGCAUACGAGCACCUGACCAGCGACGUCGCCGGAUCGAGAGACGCUGCCAUUUCAGAGAUCGCAAAGAUGUCGUUAGUSUCCGUGGAUGUUGAACCAUUGCCUCUCAACACGGGCUGGGGAGGAAGAAGAAAGAGCAUGAGGCAAGGUGUUGGCAGGAAGAACGCUGCUUAAAUACUGCCCACCAACUGUUCGACCAAAUGCAGGCAUGUAAUAAAGUUUUAACUUACUGAAUAGAAUACUACUGAGUGAAGGUGUGUCUUAKUUGUCUCUUGCAUAAUAGCUGGAGAUGUUGAUCUGCAAAUGCAGUUGUUGUACCAAAAUUUUCAACAACAUUUAUACAUAAUAUUUUGAUUUGGGGUA